UAUAAUCGUGUCCUCAAAAUGGACAAGAUUUAACUUUUACUCUGAGACGCGGCUUAAUGGUUGAAGAGUCGCUCAGUGGGAGGGAUUAAGCAGGAAGCCUAGGUGGCGAGGAGAUCUGGAGCUCUGGAGCUCAGACACUGAACUGCAUCUCUGCACCCAGAGCACCUGAUGAGCAUCUUCUCAAGUUGGGCUGCAGACUUUCAGCGCACCUAUAACUUCGACCUGGCAACAUGCAUCGACUGGCUUGAUUGAAAUUGAUUGGGAUUAUUUUUUUUAUACCUGACGACGUUCAAAUCUUGGAAUAAUUUCUAAGCAGUUUCUUAUCAUAUUGUUGUGACUGCAUAACAUUGGAGAUGGUACUGUCGAUUUUCCGUUUCAAUUGUAUGCUUAUUCUCUGUCUGGCCGCAGUCUACAACUGCCAUGGUGCCGUUCAGAGCUGUAUGGACAAGCACCAGGUCGUGGGGGUUCUCCGUCAGAUGGAGAAGUUCCUGAAGGGCCAGGAGUUGAGGUUCACGGAGGGUCUGCGCAUCAUGAAGUCCAAGCUGGUGACCCUGCAGAACUCUGUGUCCAAGCUGCCCCAGGCGGACCAGUCUGCAGCCCCCACCGCGUGCCCGACCCUGGAUGCUCCGGUCCACGGCAAGAAGUUCGGCUCCAAGUUCGUCGUGGGCCACGAGGUCCACUUCUCCUGUUCCCAUGGUUACCGCCUGGUGGGCCCUGGGACGCGCGUGUGCCAGGACAACGGCAGCUGGAGCGGCACCAGCACCCUCUGUAAAGAUUUGAGCGAGUGUGGGAGUAACCCCUGCCAGAACGGGGGUACCUGCGUGGAGGGGGUCAAGCAGUACAAGUGCACCUGCCCCGUGACCUGGAGUGGGUCUCAGUGCCAGCACCCCACCCAGACAGCCCCGCCUGAGUGGAGCGUCAUGAACGACCCGGCCUUCAGCAGGCGGCCUCGCUGUGCGAAGGUGGACCAGGCCCAGCACUGCAGCUGCGACGCAGGCUUCCACAUGAGCGGCACCUCCGAUAACUCCAUCUGCCAGGACGUGAACGAGUGUGAGGUGUACCGACUGGACCAGGGCGGGAAGCUUUGCAUCCACGAGUGUGUGAACGUCCCCGGGUCCUACCACUGCGCCUGCCCCACCGGCUACAAGCUCCUCCUAGACGGACGGAGCUGCGAAGAUGUGGACGAGUGUCUGAGCCAGCAACACAACUGCAGCCGAGGGACCACGUGCAUCAACACUGGGGGGGCCUUCCAGUGUGUCAGCCCCGAGUGUCCCCCUGGCCAUGGCAACAUCAGCUACGUCAAGACCUCUCCCCUCCAAUGCGAGAGGAACCCCUGUCCCGUGACCAGCCGGCCCUGCCACAUGGCGCCCAAGACGGUGUCCUUCCACUACCUGUCCCUGCCCUCCAACCUGAAGACCCCCGCCACGCUGUUCCGCAUGGCCACCGCCAGCGCCCCCGGCCGCGCGGGCCCCGACAGCCUGCGCUUCGGCAUCGUCGGGGGCAACGCCCGCGGAACCUUCGUCAUGCAGCGGUCGGACCGGCAGACGGGCGAGCUGCUCCUGGUGCAGCAGCUGCGCGGGCCGCUGGACCUCAGCGUGGACGUGGACAUGUCCGAGUACAGCGAGCGCACCUUCCAGGCCAAGCACGUGGCCAAGGUGCACGUGCUGGUGUCCCCGUACAGCUUCUGAACGGGUGGGUGGGUCAGCGGGCCCCCCCCCCCCCCCCCCGGGAGAGGGCGAGGACUUGAGAGGGGAUGGGGGUGGACGAAAACAACAAAAACAAAAGUUUGAUAAAUAUAUUAUAGAAGUAAAAGAAAGAGUAUGGAACCGGCGGUCUGUGGAGGCUGAUCGGGUAGUUGGCCGUGACGUUGCUUCAGUUAUCAGUUACCUAAGCUGUUUUGUUCGAGUGUCACGCGUUAUUGCUUGGGGGGCUUGGGGGACUUGGGGGAAGGGUGUCCGGUACUGAAAGAGAGAGCGCUGUGCCGUAGCGGAUUUAUUUUGUGGAUUAAUGUGAGAGAGGUGGAUUGAGUGGUUCAGAGGGAGAAGGUUGAUUAUGUAUUUUUUGUUGUUGAAGAUUCUCGUUUUUGUGUUUGUUUUGGGCCCAUCUUAGGUUAUUUUUGCGUAGUUUAGCAUUCGCCCCAUUUAAUGCACUACCCUAGUUUCUACGCCAAACUGUCACAAAUCCCUAUUCGACAUUAUAACCGUAGUAAUUAUUAUUUAUUGGAAAUAUUAUUGCUGGUUUUGUCAAUUUAAAUAUAUGCAUCGGUUGUAUCUUCUUUCUCACUGUAUGUCAUUCAUAUUUGUUCUUUUUUUUUACCGGUUGGCUUUCUCAAAGAAGUCAUUUGUGUUACCAGUCUGGAACAUUGGAGCACUUAUGUACACGGUCAUGUUUUGCUAUGUUUUUAUAUACCGUAAGUUAUCAAGACUUUGUGUGAUCACACCGUUAUCUAUCCUUGAUUUGACCGAGCACAACAGAAUAUAGCUGGUAUUUUAAUGACUCCCUAUAACAAUUUCUCCUGAACUAAAAAUAAAGCUGGCCAGAGGCUUCAGUCCUUGUUUAUUAAAACUGCCUGACUUGAUGUUCAA